AAGGAGAUAGGCAACACGAAGCAGUUGUGCUGUAGAGAGAGAAAGAAAAUGAAAUAACCAAUUUUGCCAUUUGUUUACAUCUCCAGGCAUAAGGUUUUCUUCUCAAGGCUGAUACUCGAAAGAAAUCCAAAAUCGGCGACCUUUUCACUUCCAGAUUCCUCUUUUUCUCUCGUCUUCUUGCCCUAAUUUCAACCGAAUCUGAGAAUGUCGAGAUAAAAUCUAUCUGGGUUGUUCGGCGAACUGGUACACCGAUGAUGUUUGGUUUCCUUUGGGUUUCGACUUUGGUUAAGCAAACAGGUGGUAUUCAGAUUUCAACCUAGUAUAUACCUGCAGUUUGGUACCGUUGUUUAUUGAUCAUCCUGAGCCAAAAUAGACAAGAUGCUACUUGGCAGAGAGAUUGAGAAUCUGCAUGAUGAUGGUUUCGAUGGUUCAAUAAAUGAGCAUCAUAUUUUCUCACAAAUAUUUCUUGGAAGUAACUCUCAAAAAGCUAGUAAGAGGUGUCUUGUCACUGGAGUUAUUAACUUUGAAAGUGAUCAGGGAAAACCAAGGGCAAAUUCAGCUGUUAUAAGUCAUGGUCACUCAUUUAAUCCGAAGGAUUAUUCAAAUGAAAACUUAGGUGCCGGCUCUUUUCCCAAAGGAUAUGCGUUGACAAUGCAGAAUGGGGUAGGUGUAAAUGGAAAAAGAAUGAAAAUUUCAGGUAAGAAGUCUUCUUCAAAUACUGAAAAUUCUGCAAAAGGUUGUCAAACUGUGACAUGUCGUCUAGUUGAAUCAUCUAGUCAAGGAGUUAGCUCUAGUUCCUUUUUGCUAAAACGACAUUCUGGUUAUGACUCUGAAGAUGAUAAUAUUAAUAGUGAUCCUGUAAAACGUGGGUCAUCAAGCUUAGACACAAGUAACAGGAAAGAGAUUAAUGCUAGUUCAUCUGUUACUGUUCCAAGCAAGUCCGGAUCUCAUCAAUGUACCAAAAAUAUAAAGAAGAAAAGUUCUGCAGCUAAGCGGUACUUGGGAGCAGUUAUGACAUCCUUAUCUAAAGAUUCAACAAAUGAUCCACGAUCUGUCCUACGUCACCAUGUACAGGAAUUCUUAAGAGCAGUAGGAUGGGAGAUUGGGAGGCGCGAUAGACAAGAUAAGGUUCUUGGUGAGUAUCUUUACUUCUCACCCGAUGGUAGAAGGCCCAUUCGUGAAUUUUCAAGGGUCUGGAACUUGUGUGGUGAAAAAUUAUUGGCUGAUGGAGGGGUUGUAGCUCAUAAAAGUGAUAUCAGACAGUGGAAUGAUAUUGACCAGUUUCGGAUUGAUUUGGCAGAUACCUUGAAGAGAGUGAAGGAAGAAUUUGCUUCUGCUGAAACCAGUGCUGCAUUAGCUCGCUGUUGGCUUCUUUUAGACCCAUUUGCGAAUUUGGUUUUCAUUGAUAAGAAACUCGGCAAUAUAAAGUCUGGAAAACUAGUUAAAGAGAAGAGAAGUCCGUUAUUUAACAAAUAUGCUAAGAAGAUUUCGGAAGGUGUCAAUAAUAAUGCAUUGCCAGUCUUUGGAGAAAAUUAUUUGAUGGAUGAUGAACAAUGUAGUGAUGGAGUUUCACUGAAAACCUGCCAUGAUAUUUCAAUUAGUGUUUCCAGAGAAAACAAUUUGUGUUUGCUGGAUAGCCCCAUAUUCAAAGACACUUCGUGUAAAAGGAGAAUUAGUCCGAAUCAGAGGCUAUUCUCAGCUGUUACAUUUGGGAGCCCUCUGGAUCACUCUGAAAUUUCUCUAUACGAUGUACCCAUUACUGAAACUGAUAGAUUUAGCCACGGAAGUUCACUCACAUGUGAAAGACUCAAAUCUGACAUCACUGAGGAAACCAUUCUACAAAUGGAAAACAAUCAUUCUAGGGACUGUUUGGGAAAGUCUGACAACCACACAUUUCUUAAACCCUUUUCUACCAAUGUUACUAAAAUCACACCAAAUGCUGAGUGUUCUAAGAUUUACAAAUUCAAUAAUGUUACAAAUGGAGUUCCUAAGAACCUUUGUGUGCAGAAGAGGUCAGCUAAAUGCCAAUCUGAGGAUGAUGAUCUCUUGAUCUCAGCUAUCAUAAAAAACAAGAGUUUCAGAUCCAUCCCUAUUCAUUCUACACCACAAAAGCCUUCCACUAAAUCAAAAUCUCUCAAGAAGAGGAAGGGCAACAAGGGAAGUUGUAGGCUGCUUCUGAGAAGUAUAGGAAAGAAUGGGAAAUAUACAGAGGAAAAGUGGUACAUGUUCAGCACAAGAACAAUAUUAUCAUGGUUGAUUGGUUCUCGGAUUGUUUCACUCAAUGAUGUUGUACAGUACCGUGACCCAAAAGAUGGUGGUGUGCUCAAAGUCGGGUUAAUUACUCAUGAUGGUAUCUUUUGUUAUUGUUGUAGUAAAGUACUUUCUCUCUCCAAGUUCAAGAUGCAUGCAGGUUUGAGAUCAAAUUACCCGUCCUUAAAUCUUUUCAUGGAGUAUGGAAAACCAUUCACCUUAUGCCAACUUGAGGCUUGGUCAGCUGAAUACAAGGCAAGGAAACCUGUCAUUCGAACUGUUCACGAUGAAGUAAUGGAUCAGAAUGAUGACAGUUGUGGCAUGUGUGGAGAUGUCGGUGAAUUAAUAUGCUGUGAUAACUGCCCAUCUACUUUUCAUCAUCCUUGUUUGAACAUACAGGAGCUCCCUGAAGGCAGCUGGUACUGCUCGCGCUGCACAUGUAGGACUUGUGGUGAUCUUGUAGACAUGACUCUAGAAUCACCUGGUGAAUUGAAAUGUUCACAGUGUGAGCACAAAUACCACAGGACAUGCUUUAAGGGGGAGUCUGUUUAUAAAGAAAUGGCUUAUGACACCUGGUUCUGUGGGCAAAGCUGCCAGGAGGUUUACUCAGGUCUUCAUACCCUUAUUGGAUGUGCUAAAUUCCUCUCUGAUGGCUUCUCUUGGACUCUGCUAAGGUGCAUCCACGAAGAACAAAAAGUUCAUUCCGAUCAACGCAUUAUUGCUUUAAAGGCAGAAUGUAACUCAAAGUUGGCUGUUGCUUUAACAAUCAUGGAAGAAUGCUUUCUUCCCAUGGUAGACCCCCUGACUGGAAUAGACAUGAUACCCCAUUUAGUAUACAGCUGGGGAUCAGAAUUUGCUCGGCUAGACUACCGUGGAUUUUACACAGCAACCCUUGAGAUGGAUGACAUUGUGACUGCCGUGGCAUCAAUCAGGGUCCAUGGAGUUAGAGUUGCAGAAAUGCCUCUUAUUGCAACAUGCAGCAGAUACCGUCGACAAGGAAUGUGCCGGCGUCUCAUGGAUUGCAUUGAAAAGAUGCUAAAAUCCUUAAAAGUUGAGAAACUGGUGAUAUCUGCCAUUCCCAGUUUACUUGAGACAUGGGUGAAUGGUUUUGGCUUCCAACUUAUGGAAGACAGUGAAAGGAGAAGUUUGAGUGACGUGAAUCUGAUGGUUUUUCCUGGAACCUUAUGGAUGAAGAAACACAUCCACAAUACUGAAACAGACUACCUACAAGCAGGAUCAUGCAGUCUAUCGUCUCCAGAAGCGAAAGGUUCUCCUCAGAUAAUGGUCGAUUGCCAAACAAGCUUGGAACCGUCAUGUGAAAAACAAGCUUUAAGGGAAUGUUGUGGUAAUGAUAAGGAACUAACGACAAUUAGUGUUGUAGAAGGAGAGCUGAUGGUUGUUGAUGAUGAAGAAGAUGGUUGUGGUGAUAGAGAACUACCUCCUUCUAGUGAAAAGAUUGAGGAAUCUUGUAAUUUUCAAGAUAAUGCUGAAUUUUGUAUGGAAACAAAUAUUUAAAAUAAAUAUGGAAGUGUAGGUAUUAUGGAGGUGGGCAUUUGGGUUGGCACAGCCCAACACGGAAGGAGCCCAUAUGAACUGUAUUGUGCUACGGGCCAAGACGUCCUGAACUGUGGUGUAUCGCGAUGGGCUUUGUUUUUGUAGUACGGGUCGACACGGUGUCAUGGCCUAUUCCCCAUGCGUGGUAGCCAAACCAGCUCCCUAGGGCCUGUUUGUUUUUUGUGGAUUUUGGGGAAACUUGAAAUUUAAUUUUAUGAGGGAAAAUUGUUUAUAAAUAACACUGCAAAAUUUAUAUAUAUUUACCUUGCAAAAUUUUAGUUAUUAUCUUCUCUAAAAUCUCAUUUUGUUCAUGCAAAUUGCAAUUUGUGUUAGAAAUGGUAGACUUGCCUCCUAUUCUUGUAUUGUUAUAUUUAGUUACUAGUUAUGUGUUUAA